AUGUUACCAAUAACUGAUGUAACCGAAAAAGAGUUUUGGAAAGCCAUAACUCCUCUUUUCGCAAUGGAAUCUGCCAAAACAAUUGGCUUUCCAAUGGUCGUCAAAACCUCUAACUGCCUCGCCGCAUCAGUUGAAUACCGCCGCGCGCCGGAGCAUCCCAUACCGGCUGCGUAUGAUGAUUCUUGGUCGGCGGUUCGGUGGAUAUUUUCUCAUUCAGAUGGAGUUGGUGAAGAAGUUUGGAUCAACGAGUUGGCUGACUUCAACAGAGUUUUUAUCGCCGGAGAUAGCGCCGGAGCUAAUAUAUCUCAUCACAUGGUAAUGAGAUCAGGCAGAGAGAAGCUGAGCCCUAGAAUCAAAGGAGUCGCUAUGGUGCAUCCAGGUUUUUGGAGUAAAGAUCCGGUUGACGAGAAAGACGUGCAAGACGAAAGAAUCAGAAGCCAAAUUGCACAAGUCUGGGAGCUGGUGAGUCCGAAUAGCGUAGAUGGAGUGGAUGAUCCUUGGUUUAACGUUGUCGGAUCCGGGUCGGAUAUAUCCGGGCUGGGAUGUGAGAGGGUUUUGGUUGCGGUGACUGGAGAAGAUGUGUUUGGACGGCAAGGGUUGGCUUACGCGGCGAAGCUGGAGAAGAGUGGGUGGAAAGGAGAUUUGAAAGUGGUGGUGGAAGAAGAGGAAGGACAUUGCUUCCAUCUCCAUAACCCUAACUCUGAAAAUGCUUUGAAGUUGAUGAAGACGUUUGUGGAGUUCAUAUCAUCAUCUCCUGUUGAAGAGUAG